CCGGUCCCGGCACUCUCUGCUUUUCCCUUCUCUGUUGGAGGUCCCGUAAACCACACGCCGCCUAUCUUAUCUGAUAGUGAGCUGUGCUCGUGUCACUUGGUGGUCUUUUUCUUCAUCUCUCGCUCUUCCUUUCAAGCCUUGUCUUUUUCUGUUCCUCUUUUCCUCUUUUCCAAUUCACCGCCACCGCAUCCAUCUUCAUUCUCCUCUUCCGCUGCCAGCCAUGGCCUCCACUGCCAUGCCUCUGCCUGCAAAGGCCUCGCUGCGGCGCAACAUCACCGACUCGACCGAGUCCUCUGCGGCCGUCUCGCCCAUGGACUCGCCCAGGCCCUCGGCCUCGUCCACGUCGCUGUCGUCCAUGUCGUCGGUCGACGUCAACGCCGCCAAGCCCAACUUUGGCCGCAUGAUUGACACGUACGGCAACGAGUUCACGGUGCCCGACUUCACCAUCAAGGACAUCCGCGACGCCAUCCCCAAGCACUGCUUCCAGCGGUCCGCGCUCAAGGGCUACGCCUACAUCCUGCGCGACAUGGCCUGCCUGGCCACCACUUUCUUCGUCUUCCACAACUACGUCACGCCGGAGCUGAUCCCCUCGACGCCCGUCCGCGCGGGCCUCUGGGCGCUGUACACGGUGCUGCAGGGCCUCUUCGGCACCGGCCUCUGGGUCAUUGCCCACGAGUGCGGCCACGGCGCCUUCUCCGACUCCAAGACGCUCAACGACUUCACCGGCUGGGUGCUGCACUCGGCGCUGCUGGUGCCCUACUUCAGCUGGCAAAUCUCGCACCGCAAGCACCACGCCGCCACCGGCAACAUGGAGCGCGACAUGGUCUUUGUGCCCCGGACCCGCGAGGAGCAGGCCACCCGUCUGGGCAAGCUGGCCCACGAGCUGUCGGAGCUCGCCGAGGACGCGCCCGCCUACACGCUCUUCAUGCUGGUCAUGCAGCAGCUCAUCGGAUGGCCCAACUACCUGCUGACCAACGUCACCGGCCACAACUACCACGAGCGCCAGCGCGAGGGCCGCGGCAAGGGCAAGCACAACGGCGCCGGCGGCGGCGUCAACCACUUCAACCCCUUUAGCCCGCUGUACGAGCACCGCGACGCCCUCCUCAUCGUCUACAGCGACAUUGGCCUCGCCCUGGCCGGCACCGCGCUCUACUACCUCGGCAGCACCUUUGGCUGGUCCAACCUGGCCGUCUGGUACUUUAUCCCGUACCUCUGGGUCAACCACUGGCUCGUUGCCAUCACCUUCCUCCAGCACACCGACCCGACCCUCCCCCACUACACCGGCGAGCAGUGGAACUUUGUCCGAGGCGCGGCCGCCACCAUUGACCGCGAGAUGGGCUUCGUCGGCCGCCAGCUGCUGCACGGCAUCGUCGAGACCCACGUGCUGCACCACUACGUGGCCACCAUCCCCUUUUACAACGCCGACGAGGCCUCGGAUGCCAUCCGCCCCGUCAUGGGCAAGCACUACCGCUCCGACACAAAGGACGGCGCCCUGGGCUUCAUCCGCGCCAUGUACCGCAGCGCUCGCAUGUGCCAGUGGGUUGAGCCCAGCAAGGAUGCCGAGGACGCCGGCAAGGGCGUUCUCUUCUUCCGCAACCGCAACGGCCUGGGAACCAAGCCCCUGGUGAUGCCCAAGCCCGAGUAAGGGAAUGGAAUGGGUAAUGGAAAAUGGAAAAUGAUGGAAAUUUGAGACUGUGAAGAAUAAAAAGUAGACUCUUCUAAAGUGGACUUGUAUUCGCUUCUCUGGCCAGUGGAGAAGGAGUCGCGUGAUCGCGUGAGCCCUAUCCCUGCAGAGUCUUGAGAGCUGGUUGAAAGAAGAUGAAUUCAUUAAAGCUAGAGCUUAGACGUAUAUGAAAGAAUACCAAUAGACACGAUCCAAAGACGA